AUGACAGAAGGCAGUAUGAGACAGAGAACCAGGCAUCGAAACAAUACAGAAGGCAGUAUGAGGCAAGGAACCAGGCAUCAAAACAAUACAGAAGGCAGUAGGAGGCAAGGAACCAGGCAUCGAAACAAUACAGAAGGCAGUAUGAGUCAGGGAACCAGGCAUCAGAACAAUACAGAAGGCAAUAUGAGGCAAGGAACCAGGCAUCCAAACAAUACAGAAGGCAGUAUGAGACAAGGAACCAGGCAUCAUAACAAUACAGAAGUCAACAUGAGGCAAGGAACCAGGCAUCCAAACAAUACAGAAGGCAGUGUGAGAAAGGGAACCAGGCAUCAAAACAAUACAGAAGGCAGUAUGAGGCAAGGAACCAGGCAUCAAAACAAUACAGAAGGCAGUAUGAGGCAGGGAACCAGGCAUCAGAACAAUACAGAAGGCAAUAUGAGGCAAGGAGCCAGGCAUCCAAACAAUACAGAAGGCAGUAUGGGACAAGGAACCAGGCAUCAUAACAAUACAGAAGUCAGCAUGAGGCAAGGAACCAGGCAUCCAAACAAUACAGAAGGCAGUAUGAGACAGAAAACAAGGCAUCAAAACAAUACAGAAGGCAGUAUGAGACAGGGAACCAGGCAUCCAAACAAUACAGAAGGCAGUAUGGGACAGGGAACCAGGCAUCAAAACAAUACAGAAGGCAGUAUGAGGCGAGGAACCAGGCAUCCAAACAAUACAGAAGGCAGUAUGAGGCAAGGAACGAGGCAUCAAAACAAUACAGAAGGCAGUAUGAGGCAGGGAACCAGGCAUCAAAACAAUACAGAAGGCAAUAUAAGGCAAGGAACCAGGCAUCCAAACAAUACAGAAGGCAGUAUGAGGCAAGGAACGAGGCAUCAAAACAAUACAGAAGGCAGUAUGAUGCAGGGAACCAGGCAUCAAAACAAUACAGAAGGCAGUAUGAGACAGGGAACCAGGCAUCAAAACAAUACAGAAGGCAGUAUGAGGCAAGGAACCAGCAAAACAUGGGACAUGAUAAAAUAUCAUUGA